AUGGCAGCAAAUUCCGCUGGCAUCCUGCAGAAGUGGAGCAAGCUGCGCCGGCGCUGUGCAUCGUUCAAGUCAGUCUCCGGUCCAGCGUCGCUCGAUUCGGACACCAACUUCAUCUUGGCUGAGCACCCGGCCCACUAUCAGAUCAUCAGCACAGCGACCGGGUCCCCGGUGCCGGCUCGGACCACUCCUGUACCGAAACCAGUGGCGAAUCAUCAUCAUCACCAGCAUCCACUGUACCACGGACAUCAUCAUCAUCACCUCGGUCAUCAGCAUCAUCAACACCACCAUCACCACCUGCAUCAUCUGCCGCACCGGGCGCACCAGCAUCAUCAACACCACCAACACCAUCUUCCCAGUCACCUGCACCAGCAGCAGCAACAGCAGCAUCAGCUCCAUCAUCAUCCACUGCUGGAUUAUCCGCUGCCUGGUGGAACACACCUGCUGGAGGCCGGUCCACUGGCGCCAGGGUACGACCCAAAAAAUUGGGAACUUCGCCACUCGAGCUCCUCGUCGGCGUCCGCGUCCUCUUCCUCCACCAUCGGUGCUCCACCUGGGGUACCUCCAAGCGAGGAGUACUACUGGGCACCUGCCGGAGGUCCUCGAGAACCACCGGAUGUCAAGCUGUGGCGUUUAGGGGCGCACCAAACGUACGCCCAUCGGAUUCACGUGAACCCUCCUCAACGGCGUAGCGCCCACAGCAUCGACUGGGAGUACAACGUGCGCCGAUACGAGAGUAUGUGCGAUAACAUGCCACCACCGGCACCGGUUCCAGCUCAGCGGAUCUUCCGCACCGAGAAGCUGCAGUACUACGAUGAGCUGGCGGACGUGAAGACGCCUGCCGAGAGUCCGAUCAAAGUGGCGCGCGAGAUCAAGCUGCCCAGUUUGAAGACGUUUAAGUCGGCCUCGAUGCGUCUGCCUGGCCAGAAGUCGUCGAUGCACGAGGUACAGCAGUUGUUACGCAGCAAGUUCAACCGUAUCCACGCGGGUCUACGAAAACGUCGCGCUUUGUCCGUGCAGGAGGUGUUUCAGUUGCCGGGCACGCCUGGGGUGACUGUGCCGGCUAAACCGACGUUCUAUGUACCCUCACCGCUGGUCGGUGAGCGGACACCACAUGUGCGAGGAGGAAUUUCGCAGCGUUUCAGCGAACAGGACGAACCGGACGAUGCUACGGAGUCGUUGUACGGUGAAGAUGACCAGCUGGCGGAUGAGUUGGUCCCUGAUAGACCUCUGGCGAGUGAUGACGGACCUGUCAGUCUGCCGUUCAUCAGUGAAACGAGAGCCACCGAUGACCCGACUAGUGGCAAGAAACAGGUGACACUCCGGACGGCAGAUCACAGUCCAAGCCCGCGUAAAGAACGCACCCGGACGUGGUAUCGCAGUAUCGACUUUAACGCGGCACUGCAGAAACUCGACGUACAUCGGCACUCGGGUGAUCCAACCAAAGCCACACCAAAGAACGUACCAGAGUCCGGGAAGCUGGUGGCCAACCAGGAAGAGUCUGAACCCGUCCACCGACCGAACUUCUCCAUCGGUGGACGCGUGAGUUUACGUGAGCGCGUUGAGAACAUGCACUUGGGUCGAUUGCGACCUUCAAAACCGGCAGCAGGACAACAACCACAGGCCACAACACCGGUCGCACUGGUGAAGAAGAUCUCGGAUGUGCGCAAAAUACGGCCCAGGAGUCACUCGCCGCUCAAGAACAUCAAGAUCAACCUGUCACCAGUGAAGAAGCCGACCGAGCCGAAACGAGAAUCGAUCGGGCUCUUUGGCCGGUUGAACCGGAUCAUGCACCAGCACGGGCUCGGUGGUGGGAGCGAAGGAGGUGUUCGCAAGCAGAGCGAUAAAUCUGCCCCAGCAGAGGUGCCUACGACACCGGUGGUGCGUACCGGAACCGAUAAACCCGUCGUCGCGGGGGCCAAUCUUGGUGGGAAUGUGAGCAAACAAUCGACGAUACAGAAGCUGACCCAGCUCAGCAGCUGCAACAGGCGGGAACAACAGCAGCAGCAGCAAAUGCAGCAGCAGUCGAAGACAGAAACCGCCCAUGGACGUGACCGGAAAUCCAAACAGAUUUCUGAUUCCACUCUGAGCAACGGCCACACCAAAUCCACCGGUGGCAUCUCAUUCGCGGAUGGCGCCAAACCGGGACCGGAUCAGCUACGACCUUCGAGCCGACAUAACACGGCCGGGCGCGAUGACGACCAUGAGGACGAGGACGAUGAGGACAGCAUCGAGGAGAGCAAAUUCUGUACCCUUCCACGCCACGGUCCGAAUGCAUUUACCAUCCGACAGGCUCGCUUUUCGAAAGGAAACGGAGCAAAAGCGCUCGGAUUUUCCAUUGUCGGCGGUAAGGACUCGCCCAGGGGUUCGAUGGGCAUCUACGUGAAGACGAUCUACCCGAACGGGCAAGCGGCGGAGAAGGGCACACUGCAGGCCGGCGACGAGAUACUGUCGCUGAACGGGAAAGCAUUCCAGGGCCUCUCGCACCAGGAGGCGAUCAACGUGUUCAAGGCGAUCAAAACGGGCGAAGUGGUGAUCUUGAUCGGGCGGCGCAACAAUCGUCGCAAGCUUGAAACGCCCUCACCAACCGAUUCCGGCAACGGUACUGCACCGCCUUCCACGACCGGGUCACCGACCAACACGCUUCCGUGCAACGAGGAGUGAACGGGAAAACCCCCGGAAGUCGAUAGUUUCGUGUCCGUGUACACAAAGAUAAUGAGAGGACACUUUUGCAAUGGCCGGAAUGGGUGGAAGAUUGAUUAGGACAGCUAUGUGUGAAAAAAAAUGGCAGAAGUUACUCGUUAGUGCAAGCCGUGCAUUCAAAUGGAGUUACGGUAUCCCAUUACGCAAUGCAAACGGCAACCGACAGUAGCAUAGAUGGAAUACGCGCAAUAUAUCGAAAUAUUUAAUAUAUUUACCAAAUACCAAAGGUUUCAAUAUCAAAAAAACGAUCACCAGAAAUGAAUGUAAAAAUGGAAAACGGGGCCGAACGAGAGGAAACCGGGUUAUAUACAUAUAGAUAGCAAUACGCAUAUUCAUCGACAAACCAAAUUGUGUAAAAUUCAGUCAGUCUAACGAUAUAGUUUCUAAUCAUUUGUUGUUCUGCUACGUACGUAUUCGAAUGAAAAAUAUAUC